GCUCCGAGAUUAGGCAUGGUUUCCGUGGGACCGCGGUUCUUCGCGCUCCUUGUUGUGUCAGUGUUUCUGUUCUACUUAACAGUGAUACAUUACGAAAACCGCUUGGCGUCACUUCAGUCCCGUCUAGCCUAUGUUGAACGCCACAUGUCAUCACCACCGGAGAGCUUUCCUAGAGACGAAACUAUUGUCAUUUACAACAGAGUGCCAAAGACUGGUUCUACCACAUUCAUGGGCAUCGCCUAUGACCUGUGCGUGCGCCAUAACUACAAUGUCAUUCAUCUCAACACCUCGAAGAAUGCUCACGUCAUGUCCUUCGUUGACCAGGUAGAGUUCGCGAAGAACAUCACGUCAUGGAAGAGCCGACUGCCGGCGCUGUACCACGGACACAUCGCCUUUAUCGACUUCGCCACGCUGGGGCUCAGUCAGCGGCCGGUCUACAUCAACCUGGUGCGGCGGCCGCUGGACCGGCUGGUCUCGCACUACUACUUCUUGCGCUACGGCGACGACUUCCGGCCGCACCUGGUCCGCAACAGGGCCGGCAACACAGAGACGUUCGAUGACUGCGUUAAGCUGAAGCACUCUGACUGCAACCCCCACCUGAUGUGGAUGCAAGUGCCGUUCUUCUGCGGAAUGAUGGCGUUUUGUUGGGAGCCUGGGAGCCGCGAGGCGCUGGAGCACGCCAAGUAUAACCUGGCGCACCACUACCUGCUGGUGGGCACCACCGAGCGGCUGGAGGAUUUUGUGGCAUUGCUGGAGGCAAUCAUGCCCGACAUGUUCGCCGGCGCCGGCCGCUCCAUGGAACGCGUGGGAAAGUCACACUUGCGAAGGACACAGAAGAAGAAGGAGCUUCCGACAGGAACGAAGCAGAUUAUCCGCCAGUCGGAAGUGUGGCAAGUUGAGAACGAGUUUUAUGAGUUCGUCCAGGAGCAGUUCAACUUUGUGAAGCAUAAGACAAUGACGUCAGUGGGCGGCAAGCUGACGCCACUGCAGCGCGGCUACCACUACGAGAAGCUCCGUCCCAAGUAGCGGCAGGACUGGCGGGUGGAGCGAGGUGGUGGCCGCUGGCCAGCCGGCGGCGCCUCCCCCCGGUCCCGGGUCAGCGGGCCGGCGGCGGCGAGACACGGGCCCCGAGCAGGCAUCAAACGACGCCAGACGACGGCCGCACGGGCAGAGCUGCCGCGGGCUGGUCACGGAUAGGGUGUCGGUGGAGAAUGGACGGCCGGCCCUCAGGAGGGCCGUGUGGGCGCCGUGUUUGGGACCUGAGGUUCCAAAAUGUGAUGAAGGCGCUGGUUUGGAGUGGAUUCGGUAUGGCGAAUUUUGUCUUCCACUCACGUGUUAUCGUCGCGUGGCCCAAGGGUUUUUCCAGACGUUUACUACAGUCAUCAGUAGCUUAUAUAUUUAUCACACAGGAAGACAUAAUAAUAUGCCAUUUCUCGUGCAUGGGUGUACUUGUGUGAAGUUAUUCUUCUAGCCUACCGCCUUUUUAUAGCCCUAUUUUCCUUGUUUCGUUGCAGCAUAUUAGUUAUUCGAACUUGGUGUGCAAGGUUCGACUCAUUUUUUAAAAAAAAACAAAUCAACAUUUUCAUGUGAUGACAUUACGCACGCCGACAUUGCGAUGUUGGCAUUUCGGAACGUUUUUGACCGUGCUACCGUGACACGCGUCUGCUUAGUUAGCCUCUGGGUCAGACGCCGUUGAAGACACCUUUUGUGACUGAGUGCGUUCAUCGUCAACGGAUGUGACAGCGCGUGGCCACUGUUGGAGCACGCGCUGAUGGGUUAUGCGUUUAGAUAACGCGCUUUGAGACAACAGCAUCUAUCGGACCCUUACCGCAGCCAGUGUGCUCGUCACCGUGCAGACCAACAGGGUUUAGCUGAUCCACGCUUGGGAGGAGGACACACAGGGGCAUUGUUUCUGUCGAAUAUGGCACUGCCAUGUAUGAUCUGCUCACGUCGGUCGGUGUCCAUCGUGUCGGACUCCCGACAUGGGUUCCGGUUGUGCCAUGCAGUGAAGCACGUCAUCAUGAUCCGCCCAUAAUAGGUUCCAGCAGGUUUCGUUUUUACCGCCCUCGUAACCAGCCUCGCCCGGUUAUACCAGCAAAAUGCGUUGAUCUGGUAGCACAGGCUAGCGAUGUGUUCAUGAUAUCCGUCGUGUCAGAAUGUCGUGAUAGGGGCUGGAGAUGCGCCUAACUGGCGCUGUCGUGGCGCCUAGGUCGGCUGGUGUCGCGCUUGAUUCAUAUUUGUCUGCAGAUGAGUGCAGUUUGAGUCAUGAUGUCAUGUUGGUGUUCUCUUAGUGUUGGACCUCUUCCAGGAUGUGCUUGGUUGUAGCCAACAAACGCAUGUUCGGUUGCGCUUGUACUUACAGAAUACUCCGUCAGGGUCAUUUCCUGUGAGUUUAGGUAAUGUUUCAAUUUUACAAUCAAAGACAUUAGUCAUGCUCCUCAAAAAUCCUUGUAUGUAUACAGAGAAUGCGUGGCGACAGCAUAUUUAUGAUGCUGCCGACAACCAGUAGACGAGUUCGGGUUAUCUUGGAUAUGAAAAGCUGUCCACCUGCUCGGCGCCGCGUACAAACAUGCCAGACCUGAACUCCGAGGUGCCGCUGGAAGACGGCAAACAUUAAACGGUUGUGUACCAAGGGGCCCUUUUCCCGGAUCUGUUCGACACCGAGCACAUAAAAUUAUCGGACAAAUAUAAAUACAUCCUGGUGUAGUGCAUCAUUAAGAGAUGGCGGUUGGGGUGCCGCCAAGUGAAGGUGGGUAACAUCCGUGAUAACGAAUCUCGAGUCUAGCGGCGGCGCUGCUGACGGCGCCGCUGGGGCGGCGCUGACACACCGUAAAGCUCCAUCUCGUGACGCGCGUGUCUGAGUGCGUGUGCGUGUGCAUAUUUAUAGCUGUGCUGUUGCGGGGCCCGCGUGCCCCUGUGGGCGGCGGUCGGCCGGAGCCGGCCAGCACGUGCCGGCGGCGGCGGCGCGGGUCUUGACCCUGGCCGGCCGCCGGCCGUGCGGCUGCACCGCUCUAUUUAUAGGCCCUCACGUCUGUGGCCGUCUCGCACGGGCGCGUCGCGGCCAGCCAGCCACGCGGUGUGCCGCACGUGCGCUCCGCGGCUGGGCGCCGCUGCCGACUGCGGGGAGGUGGGCCGCACUAGCCCCCGACGCCGAUCGCACGUGGUGGCGGAACAUCGGCCGGCGCCGGCGGGGCUAUCGCCUCACCUUGCGCGGCGUGUGACGCUCGUGUGACAGCCUGCCUGGUGCCGGGCGCCUCACCGACCGGUGUUGGGAGCAGUGCGGCGCUCAAUUGCUGUAGGCUUUCGGGCGCGGAUUCAGCCCACGACAUGAUAGAUGGCUGUUAUGUGCAGACGCUUCUGUUGUGUGCGGUAAGGCCUGCUUGGUGACGAAAGCAUGCCCCAUGAAGACGCUUUAAUACACAUGUUUUCGUCAGCG